AUGACCUCUUCACUCUAUUUCCUUGCCUUCACUUUGCUCAUUCAAUUCCAAACAUGUCUUGCCGUCCCUCAUCAAGCACGAACUGUGAACGACAUCCUCUCCGGCUUGCAAUCAAUCAACAACCAACUCGACGCCCUCAGCGCCUCGCUCCGCAACUUCAACGGCGGCCUCCAAGGCACCCUGGCUGCUCUCCAAAUCCAAGGCCAAACAAUGGACCUCGUCCACAUUAUCGACAAUGCCACGGGGGCGACGAACGGAACCUCCAACCUCAACCAGGCAGAGUCCAUCACCAUCACGAACCGCGUCGUACAACUGCAGGACGAUAUCUUCUCUACACUGGACCUCCUCGAGGAGAAAAAGCCAGCGUUUGAUACGGCCGUUCUGGGACUCGCGUCGGCGAGUAUACUAGUCAGAGCGGAUUUGGAAGCCCUGCAGUCGUCCACGAGGCUCCUCGGAAAUGCGAUUGUUCAGCGCUUGGUCAUGUCUCUGAGAGGUCUGGGGCCACUGAUUACGGGGAAUAUUGAUUUUCACUUUUCCCAUGCCCUUCGGCACUAUGCGUGA